UAUUCUCUUUUCCUCAUCUUUCCCCCAACAGCAAAUGUGACUCUGGAUCCAGACACAGCCCAUCCGCAACUCAUUCUGUCCAAGAAUAGGAAAAUAGUGAGAUUGGGAAACGAAAAGCAAGUCCUGCCCAACAAUCCUGAGAGAUUCAGCUACUGGUUUUGUGUGUUGGGACGUGAGAGAUUCACAGCAGGCAGACAUUUCUGGGAUGUCACUGUGGGAAGUGGGAAAUUGUGGGCUGUGGGGGUUGCCAGGAAAUCUGUGAGGAGAAAGGGCCACUUCCCCUUAAGGCCUGAGGAGGGUGUGUGGGCUUUGGAGAAGUGUGAAGGCAAGUACUUCCCUGAUGACUCUCCUCUGUCCCUGAAUGAGGAGCCCAGGAGGAUCCGGGUGACUCUGGACUAUGAAGGGGGAUGUGUGUCUUUUUCUGACGCUGACUCAGGAGCCGAACUCUACACGUUCUCAGGAGCCUCGUUCUCUGGAGAGACCCUCCUCCCUUUCUUUUUUCAGUCCGAAAAAAAAACCCACCUCAGUAUCUCCUGAGGAGACUAAAUCUGCCUCUCAGGCCCAGCAGGAGUUUCUCUCCAGACCAGAGUGACUGAUAUAAAAAACAUUUACCUGCCAAGAGCAUGUUGGGCAGUUUUUCAAGGGGACCUUUGAGAGGAUUCAUUCCAGUCAAAAUCAGCAGAAAUAACAAAAAAAAAAUGGAUUUGCUCUUGCUUUGCAUGUCCCUUUUCCCAGAAUUCCCUCUGCAGCUUACUUCUUAAAGAGACAGUCACACUUUUAGGAAUCCUAAUAAAUUUCCUCACCUUCAAUCUUGUUUUCCUUUUGAGAUGUCUGAUUUGGCAGAGCACGAGACGUAAUCCCAGGGUUGUGGGUUUGAGCCCCAUGUUCAGCAAAUGUUUCCUGCACUGCGGGGGGUGGGACUAGAUGACCCUCAGGACGCCUCGCAACUCUGCAAUUCUAGGUAACUUUCCUCUCCCCACAAGACCUUAUGCAGCUAUAAAAAACGCAUGCAUCAUUGGAUUAACAGAGGACUAAAAAAUGAACCCCUUCACCCACGUCAGGCAGGAUAGCUCCUUGCUCUGGAAACCUUAGAUAGGAAGAAAAUGUAAAAGAAAGUGCUUGUGUAUGUAUGUAUGCCUUGAUGGACUCCGUAUGUGUUAAAUCGUCAACAGUGCCAUUCAGCCUCAAUUCUUCGGCAAUCAGCCUUCUUUAUGGUCCAGCUCUCACUUCCAUACAUCACUACUGGGAAAACCAUGGCUUUAACUAUACGGACCUUUGUCGGCAAGGUGAUGUCUCUGCUUUUUAAGAUGCUGUCUAGGUUUGUCCCCCUUCAUAGAUCAAUGCCUUGUUGUGGCGAAGGGGCUUGAAUAACUCAGAGAAGCUAUGAGCUAUGCUGUGCAGGGCCCCCCAAGAUGGACAGGUCAUAGUGGAGAGUUUUGACUAAAUGGUUUUCCCACUAGUGAUGUAUGGAAGUGAGAGCUGGACCAUAAAGAAGGCUGAUCACUGAAGAAUUGAUGCUUUUGAAUUAUGGUGCUGGAGGAGCCUCUUGAGAGUGCCAUGGACUGCAAGAAGAUCAAACCUAUCCAUUGUGAAGGAAAUCAGCCCUGAGUGCUCACUGGAAGGACAGAUCCUGAAGCUGAGGCUCCAAUACUUUGGCCCCCUCAUGAGAAGAGAAGACUCCCUAGAAAAGACCCUGAUGUUGGGAAAGAUGGAGGGCACAAGGAGAAGGGGACGACAGAGGACGAGAUGGUUGGACAGUGUUCUUGAAGCUACGAACAGGAGUCUGACCAAACUGCGGGAGGCAGUGGAAGACAGGAGUGCCUGGCGUGCUCUAGUCCAUGGGGUCACGAAGACUCGGACACGACUAAACGACUAAACAGCAGCUAGGUUUGUCAUUGCUUUUCUCCCAAGAAGCAGUCUUUUAAUUUCGUGACUGCUGUCACCAUCUGCAGUGAUCAAGGAGCCCAAGAAAGUAAAAUCUCUCACUGCCACCAUUUCUCCCCCUUCUAUUUGCCAGGAGGUGAUGGGACCAGUGGCCAUGAUCUUGGUUUUUUUGAUGUUGACCUUCAGACCAUAUUUUGCGCUCUCCUGUUUCACCCUCAUUAAAACGUUCUUUAAUUCCUCCUCGCUUUCUGCCAUCAAGGUUGUGUCAUCUGCAUAUCUGAGGUUGUUGAUAUUUCUUCCAGCAAUCUUAAUUCCGUCUUGGGAUUCAUCUAGUCCAGCCUUUUGCAUGAUGAAUUCUGCAUAUAAGUUAAAUAAGCAGGGAGACAAUAUACAACCUUGUCGUACUCCUUUCCCAAUUUUGAACCAAUCAGUUGUUCCAUAUCCAGUUCUAACUGUAG